AUCCUUCUACCCAUCAUCACAAUGUCCACAUCAUUCCCCGAAGCCAUCGGCAUCCUCUCCAUCGGAGAGAUGGGCCUAGGCAUCGCCCAGCUCCUUAUCGCCCACAAGUACCGCGUGCUCACCUAUGCGUCCGAUCGGAGCGACGCAACCCAACGCCGCGCCUGGGAAUCCGGCAUCGAACUCCGCCCUUCCCUCCAGGACCUCGUCGACCAAAGCGACUGUCUUCUCUCCAUCGUCCCUCCCCGCGACGCACUCGAAACCGCCCGUCGCAUCGUCGACGCAUCCUCCGCCAGACCUUUAGUUCGAGAUACGCCCCUCUAUGUAGUCGAUCUGAACGCCGUCUCCCCGAAAACAGCACGCGAAAUCGCAUCGUUAAUCUCAGCCGCGGGGCCGCAUCUCCAAUUCAUCGAUGGGGGGAUUGUCGGCGGACCCCCGAGACCUUCACCUACUGAAAACAACUCCCCUGAUAAACCGACAUGGAAAUGUCCCAGCCUGGUCGUCUCAGGACCAGUCAAAUUACCAGACGAGGAAUUAUCAAAUACACUCAAUAUGAAACACAUCUCGGAUGAAAUCGGUGUAGCGACCGGGUUGAAAAUGUGUUUUGCCUCGUUGACGAAGGGGUAUACGUCGUUGGCUAUUCAGUCGUUUACGACGGCGCAUGCGCUAGGUGUGUUGCCUGAUCUGAAGGGGUUAAUGGAGGAGUAUAAUCCCGCGGGACUGCAGAUGGCGGAGAAGGGACUGGUGGGUAUGCCACCUAAGGCGUAUCGGUGGGUAAGGGAGAUGAGGGAGAUUGGGGAUACGAUGCGUGAUGACGGGGGGUUUGAGAGUGAUUUGUUUUAUGCUGUGGCACAGGUGUAUCAAUCUGUGGCUAAUGAUCCGGUCCUGGGGAGGGAGAAACCGGGGGAUAGACAGCGAGGACAGACGGUUGAGGAUGUGGUGGGGAGUUUGCAUAGAAGUUUGAAGGUUAAGAUGGAGUAGAGUGGGUACUUUAUAUGGUAUUUUGUCGGAUUAUGGGAUAUGAUUAGCAUUUGGGGAUAAUUGAUCUGCUUCUUCGAGAUUACCACUAAUGACAUAGUUGCAUAACCAGGAAAGACAGAAUAUGCCGCUACGAUAACAUUUUUCUAAAGACCCAAAUAAGAUCAAAUCCGAUGUUAUUUCAAUGCGAACGCCUGAACACCAUACCCUAACCUAAGAACAAACCACAGAUCGUUCCCAAGAAAUCAAUCCUAACCCAUAACUACAGCACAAGAACC